UGUUGGACUUUGACGUAGACUGCCAGGUGGGUCAAACAGUCUUAACCUGCAUGAAAUACCCUUUUUAUCAGUGUUUUAUUUCCACAGAGUCAUUCGACUAUCAACUUCAAGGGAAAAAUUCGCUCGAGCAUGAAGAGGUCUUACCUGGAGCUGAACAGUACACUUUGUGUUUUUGGAUGCGAUUGGUAAAUAACUGGGUUGAAGAUGAAAGUCUUGCGGAGACAAGUGCUAGACUAGUAAAUCUUCGAAUGUUUGCAGUCAGCGGGUUUUAUUUCUGGAAUCAAUAUACGUGGGUUGGAAAGAUGAAUUCUCUAAGAUUUAUGUGGAACACAUCACCAUCAAAAAGUUUCAUAUAGUAAGAUCAAUUUUGUCUUUCGUACAUAAAACAUUCACGCGUGCGCCUGUCAGAUGCUUCGCUGGCUAACAAUCGCUUCAUUUCCAUAUUACACAGCAACUGUCGAGACAGUGAUUAUGAGCACUACACAGUAUUCAGAUUUACUAUAACGUGGAUGAAACUCAAGUGGUGCUUGGCAGGUGUAAAAUUGGGGGCCCGUGCUUAUUUGCAUGUGACGUUAUCAAUUUUCAAAAUAAAAAGCCCUCUUGAGGUUUAAAAGUGUUAUCGGAUAGUUUAGAUUUAAAAGACGGGCGAGAAAGCUAAAAUGAAGGUGAAAAAAUUCAUCUUAACCUUCGGACGGACGUACAUGAAAAUUCAUACCCCCACCAUGGUACAGGAGGGGGGGGGGGGGCCGGAUAGACCCCCAAGAGUUUUUGAUAUGUUGCAGUAUUUCGAAACGAUUUUACCUUCAGCAAAAAAAUGGCCAAAAAUGGCGUGUGACGUCACCAACAAUGGUCGCCAUCUUGAAUUUUACCAAGAAUUAGAAAUCAGGUAAAAACCGGAAGAAAUGGUGGCUUUUUUGUGCUUGAGAUGAAAAAUAACACAUAAAUAAGCACUUUGCAUGAUUUUAGCCACAAGAAGUACUUUUAUUGUCGAAAAAAGUUGAAAAAGCAGUACUUUCUUUCAAAAAUGGCUUGAACACCUCCUACUUAUGACAUCAUAUCUCUUAACCAUGGAAAUCACUGAACUUGACUCAAAAUGCGUGCGAGGGAUGAACGAACAACUACUCAAAACAUCAUGUACUGAUGUCUUAUCCUCUAGGAGAAAACUCAGAAAAACCUUAGGUAUCCACCCCCCCCCCCCCCCCCCCCCCCCCCCCCCCCCCUCUCCCCCCCCCCCUCUUUUUAUAAUUAUUUUUUUUCAUUCUAUUAACUACUUAUAUUUAUAAUUUUUAUCUCUUAUGUUAUGAUUUAUUUAAUUUUUUUUAUUUUUUUCUUUUUUUUUUUUUUUUUUUAAUAUUAAUAUUUUUAAAACUUACCAAUAUAAUUUAAACUAAAAUAUAUUUUUUAAAAAACUUAAAAAAAAAAAGGAAAAAAAAAAAAACCAAUUACAAAGAAAUAAAAAAAUAUAGUUUGGGCCUAAAAAAAACAGUAUCAAACCCCAUAAAAAAUAAAAACCUUAGGUAUCCCCCCCCCCCCCCCCCCCCUCUUGUUCGUCCGAGGUUUAACAGUCCUUAUAUUAUAAAAAAUUAUUCUCUCUCGAAAUAUGUCAAUGAUGAAAAUUGGCCGUCCCUGAAGAGUGGUUAAAUUGUUAGUCUUCUUUCAACUCUAUGAUUAGAUUUUUGCUCAGAGGGCAAAGGUGCUGGCAAUACGUUUGUGUUCCCGACCAUAUUGGAAUGAACCCCAGCUACAAUGUUAUGGUAACUUGUUGAAUACGUUCACUCCAUCGCUGGUAGUAAUACACCUAUUACCGAUACAGCGGCCGUAUUGAAUUUACUAGAUUUAAGGAGUAUUAUGGGCUGCCCAGGGGACACUCGCUCAGUAUUUACGCGCGCUUUUCGGGCAAACAGAGAACUUCACUGAAUAUUUCUCGGGAAAAAGGCGAUCAUUAUUACAUCCAAACACGGCACAACGAUCAUUUUUUGCCAUUACAAUCUUUUUCUAGGAAAACUUAAAGAAAAAUUGGCCCGGAAAGCGCGCGUAAAUACUGAGCGAGUAUAUCGGGUCGUGCUCAUGCCCCCUGGGCAUCCCAUAAUGCUCCUUAAAUCUAAUGAAUUCAAUAUGGCCGCCGUAUCGGUAAAAAGGUCUGUUUGUCUGCAUUGUUUAAAAUGUAAGCAUUGUAAAUUUAAUACAUAUCCUCCCUUGAUAUGGAUAAAGUUCACAAGUUCUUUGGUGGAGACUCCAUUUAGACAACUAUUGUUUCUGGUGCCUUUAAAACUCUAAAUAUAAGCGGGAUCAAGGCUCCAGGAGGAACAAAGAGCUUGCAUUGAUCUAGUUUUUUUUUUUACUCUGACUUAAAUUUUUCAAUUUAUUUAGCAUAUACUUGCAGAAGGAGUCUCUUGGGGACAAGAGCUGGCAUCAGGUGUGCCAUGCCUGGUCUAGCAGAACAUCUGCUUGGGCAAUUUACAUGGAUGGAAACGAGGAAAAGACAGGACUCUACGAUUUUAAGGAUACAACUCAGCUUAAAAUAUCCUUCCCGGAUUGGGGAGCAGUUCUCGGCUCCAACCAAAUUUUACUUUCGCAAGUGAAUAUUUGGAAUCGGGUUUUAACCAGCCAAGAAAUCAAAAGAUUGUCUGGAAAAUGCGACGCAGGAGUGGACGGUUUGGGCAAUGUGGUCUCGUGGGCAGACCUUUAUGACGUGAGUAAGACUGCAGUGUUCUCUAAGCCAUCCACAUGCGAGGCGCAUUCAGCACAGACCCAAGACAAAGCAACGACAACUGCU